UGCCACAGACAACCAGUUAGUGACAGCGCAUGCGCGGACCGAACACGCAUCAACAACGUACCCAGGGACUCCAUCGGGACAAGCAAACGCCUCUGUUGAGGAUUUAUUUUGGAUUGAAAUUCAACAGAUAUCAAGCAGCCUGUUAAGCUAGGGAAUGGCGGUGAAUGUGCACUCUACGUCAAUGACCAUCGAGAACAUGAGCAGACAUGAUAUGCUCGCUUGGGUCAACGAUUCUCUGCAGCUCAACUACACUAAAAUAGAGCAGCUCUGCUCAGGUGUAGCGUACUGCCAGUUUAUGGACAUGCUGUUCCCCGGGUGUGUUCUUCUGAAGAAAGUGAAGUUCCAGGCCAAGCUGGAGCACGAGUACAUCCACAACUUCAAAGUGCUUCAAGCUGCCUUCAAGAGGAUGAGCGUAGACAAGAUCAUCGCCGUUGAAAGGCUGGUGAAAGGAAGGUUUCAGGACAACUUCGAAUUCGUUCAGUGGUUCAAGAAAUUCUUCGACGCAAACUACGACGGGAAAGAGUACGACCCCCAGGCUGCCCGACAAGGCCACGAUGUCUCGCCUACUCCCAACCAAGGUGAAAUCAUCAAUAUGCGAGGACCACAGAGGACAUCUCCUACGGUACCCAAAAACAUGCCAACCCCUCAGAGGCCCAUCAGCUCUGUCCCGGCCAAUUUAAAGCGGAGCACACCUGCGUUACGGAACGGAGGAACUGAGGCUGAGUUCAUGGAACUCAACCAGCAGCUGAUGGAUCUGAAGGUAACGGUAGACGGCCUGGAGAAGGAGCGAGACUUCUACUUUGGCAAACUGCGUGACGUCGAGCUCAUCUGCCAGGAACACGAGAGCGAAAACAACCCGGUCCUCUCGAAGAUCAUCGGCGUCCUCUACGCCACGGAGUUAACAGAACGUCCUGAACCGGGGAGAACUCGGAUGAUGUAAUGUCUGCCACGAUUCCGAGGGAAAAAUCGACACCUUGUUUUUAUCUCCGGCUGGUUUUGCUCCACCAGACGACGAAGUACCCGACAAACAGCCACGUGACCAGGACGAGUACUAAACUAAACCCACCUUCGUUAAAUCUACCGAUGCUCUCGAUUUAUUUUUUUUUUUGUUCUUUACUCAUUCCUGAGUAUUCAUUCUAAAACAAGAAACGGCUGCAUCCGGGCCUUUUAUCACAUGGCUGAUGUAUACCGAUGGAACCACUAAUGUAAUCUGUUCUUUUUUUUUUUUUUUUUUUUUUUGGAUACCAUUUUAAUUUUGUAUCGUUCGUAUAUUUAUUUCGUAGAGCACGUAGCGUCGCCGCUCGGGCUUCUUUUUUUUACAAACGCUUGCGCCAUGACUUCUUCAAACAUACACCGAAAUAUUUAUUGUAACCUACGAAUUCAGAAAGCUAGAACAGAAUAGGAAUGUCUUGUAUACUAAUGCAAAAAAAAAGUCAAACCACACACACACGACGUAUAAACCCAUCGUCCGCACUUCUGCUACUAUCGUAACCGGCUAUUUUAAAGCGUUUUCGUUAACGUGUGCUAUGUUUUUUUUUUGUUUAUUUUGGAUUUGGGAGGACGUUUCUUAUAUACAUAGGAACACUUAGAAUAACCCCAUGAUCAGAGAGACCCUGUGGAUUUUACAGUCGCAUGAACGAAUCUGGAUUCCAGACGCAUGUCUUUUUUCGCUUUCUUGCAAAGAAAUGGGUUUUUAGCGAUGCACCAUACAAGUACUGACUAUUACUAUUACAGUAAUACGAGUGCAUGUAGACUCUGAUUGGGUCAAAUUGGUGUCAAUUCUGGUAGCUGGGGAAAAAAAUCCAACCGAGAUUCUGUCUGAUUAUUGGGUUCGUGUUUUAGUGUGUGCAAUUUGCAGAGAUCUAUUUAUUUAUUAAAUACGACUAUAUGACGCUAAUGUUCAUAAUAACAGCAAUUUGGGGGUUUCAUUUUUUUUUAGUUUUAUUGGAGCAUAUGGCAUUUGUUAUUAGUUACUGAUUUAUUAUCGAUGGUUUAGCUACAACAACAUCGUUGUUGUUGUUUUUUUCGGGGGGGUUUACAUUCGUUAAUGCCAUAAAGGUUGGUUUUUGAUCGAUAGGAUUUGUCUGUAACUCGAUCAGUUUUGUCUGUUGUUUAUUUUGCAUUUUACUAUGUACAAUAAAGAGUAUUCUGGCAAUGAAAAAAAA